UGUCGGCGGAAGCGCUUUUCGUCGUGCGUGCGUGCUGGCGUGCGGACAUGUCGGCGGUGGUCGGCGGGUUCGCUCGAGUUGCGGCUUCAAAAACUUCGUCGUCGAUUGCUUGAACGUCCCUGCUACCUGUUUGCCGUCGCCUGUUUCACUGACGACGUUCACGCUGAUGAAGCGUGCACGGCAUCACCUGCUGCGAAAGUUUUAUCGCGACGAUGUCGGAUUCAGUUCCGAACUAACCUGCUAGUCCGUUCGCCUCUCCGCGUGUCCGUUAAAUCCUCAGUGGCAGCGAUGGACACGGACGAGAUCUUAUAUAAGAUUUUCGGCUCCGUCGUCGCCGAGCCUGUCACCGGCUCCAAAUCCAAGAACAAUCAUCUGGGACAGUCAAGGGCAUUCCAGAAUCUGACUCAGGUAAACGAGUAUAUCAGGAAAUCGCUUCUAAACCUGUACAUCGAUACCCGCAACUCAGAGGACAAUAGAGAGGGUUACAUAGGUUCUUCUCCAGUGAAAUUUGAUGCAUCGGUGCACUAUGGCCGUUGCAUCAUCUCGCCUGAUAGAUUGAGCAUCAAUUCCCAGAGCAGUUUUAGUACAAUGCGGGCUAACAUGGCUGUGUUUAAAGGGAAGUGGAUGUACGAACUGCAACUAGGAUCUAAAGGCGUGAUGCAAGUAGGAUGGGGUACCAAACAGUGUAGAUUCACUCCACAGUUUGGCGUUGGAGACACACCAAGCUCAUACGCCUAUGAUGGGAAUCGCGUGACAAAGUGGAACAUAACCAUGCAGAAGUACGGGGAGCCCUGGUUAACCGGCGACAUUAUUGGCUGCGCCCUGGACAUGGACGACGGCACGAUAGAUUUCUACAGAAACGGCAAAUGUCUGGGCAGAGCGUUCGAAAACGUGACGAGAGGUGCCGGCGUCGCGUAUUUCCCUACCGUUAGUCUCUCUUUCAGUGAGAAUCUAACGGCCAAUUUCGGCUCCGUACCGUUCAGAUAUCCCGUGGAGGGUUAUCAGCCUAUGCAGGCGCCGCCGAUGGCACAAGUUUGCCAGGCCGUGCUGCUCUUUCAGUGGUUCGGUCAAGUGAUCGAACUGCUGGAGCAAUCGAAGAACGGUUUGCUGAAGGAUAACGAGACGAUGAGCGCUCAGGCAUUCCUCAUGUGCCUAGCGAGGUCUAUCUUGAAGCAUAUCGGUCCGCUACUCACCGUUCCUUACGUCACGGAGAGUGUUUUCGUGCCGUUCAUGCAGACGCUGUGUAACAUGAGAUCGGAUGACUUUGCAACGAAGUUGUCCUUCUCAAAUGCACGCGACACGGAGCGGCCGAUAAUUUGUCUAGAUUUGUUGUGGACGUUCCUGGAGAGUCAGGAGAUCAAGAUGUGCCUCGAGACCACGAUACUCCAUUUGCUCUCAACCUUCCGCCACGUCUCUCUGCUGCUGGAGUAUCCGGAUCAGUGCAAGAGCCUCUUUCUACUGGUCAAGAUUUGCCAGCACACCGACACGCGGCAAUACCUGCUGCAGCAUAUGCUAUUCGAUCGUGUCCGUUUUGCUAGUUUCGUCCACGUGAAACCAUUAGACGAGGCUGGACUGAUGAACGUGGUCGAGAAAACCUGGUGGCAAACGAAUCCCGUCGAUCCGCUGAUCGAGGCGAACAAGGCCAGUUACGUGUACGCUUGCGAGCGUAUCAAGGCUGCCAUAAGCGAAGUGGAAGCGUUGCAAGUCCAAUUACUGGUCACUCUGCUAAACAAUAGCGACGGGACGGCCAAGACGCCGGCAUCGCGGACUAUCUUUUUGAGAAAAUUCAAGCGCUUCAUUCAGGAGAACCAGAUAUCCAGCCGCACGCCCUUGCCGAUCACGUUAUGUUGCUUUCAUCGACUUCUGGUUGCAUUCAGAAUUUUAUGGGACACUGAAAUUGGGACAAGCCCUGCCUAUGUACCCUGCAGGGCGUUCUACGAUGCAUCGAUCACUUACUCUGGAAUCGACAGACUUGGUGGCGUAAUAACCCACUUAAACAAGACAUUCAAGAACGACUUGCUACGCCUCUUAGGUCCGAAUCAUGAGGUAAUCACUGCUAUGGAACGGCAACAGCAACAGCAGCAGCAGCAACAAGCAUCAACGUACGAUGCAUCAACUAACACGGAUGCUAACGCCGCGAUAAGCACGGUCGCGAGACCACUUGCCAAUCUACCCGUGGCGGUACCCGCGGCGGUACCUGCCGCUUAUUCCCGCCUAAUUACUGUCAGUUCGCCGACGGCGCGUCAAGGUAGUUCUUUGAUACUGGAAAGAUUCGGGUUCUUUAUACAUAGCAAAGAAGAUAGAACUCCAAUACGUCACGGUCCUGCAGAUUCGGCGAUCUCGCUGAUGGAAUUGUUAGAUGGUAUUAUCAUGUUCUACCACGUAAUGGCGAAAAAACAGUUGGCCAAAGUGGCCAGUUUACGCGACACCAUGCUCACGUACAUUAACGCGAUCACUGACGCCAAGGCAAGACUCAAGUCCCUCGUUUUGCACGAAUCGAUCGACUCGGAGAAUAUCUAUUCUUCGCUGGAUGUUCAGAAGGAACUGCUGCACACGAUCGACGUGUUCAACAAGAAGCUGUCGGAGCAAGCGAGGCACAUGGCCUGGGUACACGCCACUGUCUUUUCGGAGGAGAAGCAGGCCCAGGUCUCCUGGUUGCUGAAGGUGGUCACGUUGACCUUGCAAAAUGCCAGCCAGCAAGCCAACAUGUUCAGUUUCGUGCCCGACUUCUACCUGGAAGCCCUGUCCGAUCUUUGCAUCAGUCUGCGACUCCACAUGCACCCGACUGUACCGCUUGAGAACAUUCCGGAUUAUCGAGAGAUAUUCCGUAAUGUCGCCGAGUUCCUCUGUGAGCACUUCCUCGAUCCGCGUAUAGUGCACGCAAACUCGAAAGAUGUGCUGAUACUUACGCUCGCUGGUUUUGCCUCGAAUCCUUUGACGCUGGAAGCACUGGAGAGCGUGUCGCGUGAGAACAGAUUGAAACUCGUCACGAAUUUAUUGAAACCUUACGAGAAUCGUGCAUGGGCGCAGUCGAAUUGGAUCCUCGCUAGAUUCUGGCAGGGUAACGGGUUCAGCUUCCGAUACGACAAGAGUCCGCAUCUUACGAAAAAGAUCAGCCCGAAACUGUUGCAGUACGAAGCCAUCUUCCAGCCUAUAAAGCCGUGCCCAUCAGCGAUUUACCAAGCGCACGUGAGGGAGAUAUUGUUGGACAAGCCGCAGGCAACCACGAAAUUUUUGAACUCUCUGUUGAAUCAAUUGAACUGGGCGUUCUCCGAGUUUAUUGGCAUGGUGCAGGAAAUCCACAAUGUCUCGUCGAGACCGGAACGAGUGUUCAUCGAAUCGAGGCAGCUGAAGAUUUGCGCCACUUGCUUCGACUUGACGAUUUCAUUGCUACGUGUGUUGGAGAUGAUAUCCACGGUGGCUCCAACUGUUUUUACCGAUCCUACGCAGUCUUCCAGCGAAACGCUACUGUCCAGGUUGUGUCAAUUACUCUGCCAAGUGCUGAACAGAAUAAGCUCGCAGACGAGCUGCUUUCAGCACGUGAUGUUGCUGGAGAUACCAGAUUUAGAAUCCAUUGAUCAUUUUCCCAUACUGACCGCCGUUAUCGGCAUUCUGCUAGCUCUGCUCGAAAAGGAAAUAACAGAUUUCGCAGUGACACCAACGAUCAAAGUACCUAGAAUUACGCAAUGCUUGUUGACGGAACCCAGUUUUCAAAUUAGUUCUCUUCACUUUGUUUUGGGCGACGCAACGUUGAACAGUUCGAGGACGAGUACGAGUAAAAAAGUGAAACCGUUUUCAUUCUUGAAUUAUCCGGAUGACGUGAGGAAGGAGGAAAUCAGCCGAGUAAGAGAAAUGAUAAAGCACCUCGACACCUGUCGCACGCUUCUGCCCGACAACAAAUUGUUGAGCGACGACGAGAACACUUGCACGAUCUGCUACGCUUUCCCGAUCGCCGCGGUAUUCAAGCCCUGCAACCAUCAGACCUGUCGUACUUGCAUAGAUCGCCACCUACUCAAUACUAGGGAGUGCUUCUUCUGCAAGGUGACCAUAGACAAGGUCGAGGAUCUAAGCGGAAACACGUUGCACGAUUUCACCGAGUACGCGACGCUGAGAGUGACUUCUUGAUCCAGUGACAAGUUCGUCUCGCGAGUCGCUGUAUUAUACCAAGAUUUGUUAAAAUUUUACAAUAUUAUAUUUCCUAUCCUGCGGACAUCGGAUGAAACUGCCGUAUUUUAACUGUACAAGAAAUUCCUCCGUGAACAAAACUAGGGUAAAGUGUAAGCGGCAGAGAGGUUGUAUAAAAGUAUCAAAGCAAAAAGGUUUUAUUUGAAUUCUCAAGUACAACAUACCUACCAACUAAUUGAGCACGAUUCAAUGCCGACGACGGUGGAGAAUAUCAAAAAUAUAAAACGUCAACGUCUGCGCGCGAUUUCCCGCAAUUCUUCGCGCUCACGAAUCCAACGGUAAAAGAUUAGUAAUAAAAAUUGUAUAUACAUCA